AUGGAAAUGGAAGACAGCCCAAGCGACUCGGAGUUGCUGGAGGGAUUGGAAGACGAUGAUUACAGGGAACAGCGUAUACGUGAAAUACAAUCAGACAUCACUCGCCGCCAGAUAAACGCAGAGUUCGUUAGUCGAGGCGGAUACAGGGAGUAUACAUCCGAGAAGGAAGUGAUGGACGUUGGGCUGAAAGAGGCCAAGGCUGUGGUGCAUUUCUUUCAUCCACGGUUUAAGCGGUGCGAGAUAAUGGAUACCCACUUGGAGCUCAUUGCUCACCAACAUCUAGGCACCAAGUUCCUCAAAGUACACGUCGAGAAUGUGCCUUUCUUGGUAGAGAAGUUGAGAAUAAAGGUGCUGCCAUGUGUGAUUACGUUUAGACAGGGCGUGGCAAGAGAUAGACUCGUGGGCUUCGAAGACCUCGGAAAAUCUGAUGAGUUUACGACGAAAAUGCUUGAAAAUCGUUUGUUUGAAAUGGGUGCAAUUACUAGCUUUGAUCAAGAUAAAGAUGCUAAUCACGGUAAUCACUCAUCAGACACAAGUGACUACGAUGAUUAG